AUGGCCUCUUUGCAUAAGCUAAAUGCCAGCUGGAGGCUCGUCACUCAAAACGAACGAAUUAGUCGAUCAUCACAAGCUGUAUCUGUUAUCGGUGAUAGGGCAUUUGUAUUUGGCGGAGAAUUGAUAGCUCGCCAACCUGUCGACAACAGGGUUGAUGUUGUCAACCUCGCAAACACCAACGAUGAUUCUUCUGAAACCCUUGCAACGCCAUCCAAAGCCCCGUCUCCUCGCGUCGGCAGUCCUAGUACAGCUAUCGGCGCCGACAUGUAUCUUUUCUCCGGUCGAGGCGGUCUUGAAAUGAAGCCCAUCGAGGAAAAGGGUGCUGUCUGGUGCUACAAGGCAACCGAGAACGAAUGGGUUGCCAUUACCCCAACGGAUAACAAUGCACCAUUUCCAUCUGGAAGAAGCUAUCAUUGUAUCACAUCUGACGGUGUGGAUAAGCUCUAUCUCCACUCUGGAUGCCCUGAACAGGGUCGUCUCGGUGAUCUUUGGGUAUUUGAUGUUAUUAAAAGAUCGUGGACCGAGCUACCUGCUGCGCCUGAUCCUAGUCGUGGUGGGUCUUCAAUUGCGUUUCUCAAUGGAAGAUUGUACCGCAUGAAUGGCUUUGACGGAAACGUUGAACAAGGUGGUGCAUUGGAUAUCUACGACAUCGAAGCCCGAUCCUGGUCCACCAUAUCCUACACCCCGGAUGGAAUCCAGGGCCCAGAAGCAAGAAGUGUCUCCACCCUUGUCCCCUUAUCCAUACAGAAUAAUUCUUAUUUACUCACCAUGUUUGGCGAAAGAGAUCCUAGUUCUUUGGGCCAUGCUGGGGCUGGAAAGAUGCUGUCUGAUGUGUGGGUCUUUGAUACUGAGACAAAUCUGUGGUUAAAGAUCGAAACAAGAAAUGGGCCUGUCGCUAGAGGAUGGUUCGAUGCUGAUGUUGUCAAGGCCGAGGAUGCAAAGGGUGCAGUUGUUGUACAUGGAGGCUUGGGGGAAGACAAUGAAAGGCUGGGUGACGUUUGGUGUUUGCAAUUCUUUACAUAA